UCCUUGCCACCUUAAUUUCUAGGAUUUAUAUAUAAAAUGGCUCAACUUCAAAAACUUGAGCUUGUGCAUGAGGUCAAGUGCUGUCCAGACAAGUUAUAUCGUAUGUUCACUCGUGAUGCACCCCAACUAUCAAAGUAUCUUCCUAAAGUGGUUCAAAGCGUUCAAGUUAUCGGAGUGGGUGAAAUCCGUCUAUGCACUGGCUUUGUGUGGAAAUUUGUAGCUGGGGGUGGAUCAACGAUCUCGACCAAGGAGAAGAUAACGGCGGUCGACAACAAAAAUAGGUCAAUUACAUUUACUGUCUUGGAAGGAGAUGUCAUGGAAGACUUUAAAAAUUUCAGUUUCAAAUUGGAUAUUACUUCCCAAGACUGGUACUGCUGAUGGUAAAAGUUUGGUUAAGUGGUCCGUAGAGUAUGAAAAACCUAAUGAAGCUGUGUUUGAUCCGGUAGGAAUUCUCCAGGCAUGUGAAUUAGCUAGUAUUGGAAUGGAUCUCCAUUUGCUUAAGCAAGCAUAGACAGGAUACGCAUGCAAUUUGUAGAAAAUUGAUGAUGUUGUGUUGUUUAAAAAGUAAAAACCAGGUGUGUCUAAAUAAAGGCUGAUUAAUCUAUAAUCAAUAUCUAAAUAAACAACGCGCAAAUGGGGAUACGUUUUUUAAUUUGGAGAUAUGAAUUACUAUCCCCAUCCAAUAGUUUCUGCUAAG